UAUCAAGUUCCUUUUGAAGAAGGAUUUGAUACAAUUAUUGUAGUGGACAACGCGCCAGUUGUCGACGAAAGUAAAAAAGAUAAAUUAUUAAAAUUUAUCAGGAAAAUUUUCAAGAAUGCUGGUAAUAUUAAGGAGGGGGGAAUCCAUAUGCCAAUGGACCCUGAUCCUAAGACCGAAAAUCCAACUUCAAAAGGGUUUCUCUUCAUUGAAUUCGAAACACCUGAACAAGCAGCGAUGGCCAUAAAACAAUAUGAUGGUUAUCCGAUGGAUAAAACUCAUAUACUUGCAGUGAACAGAUUCACAGAUAUUGAGAAAUAUUCGCAGAUCGAAGAAGAGUAUAAAGAACCGGAAGAAGAAAAAUUUGUGGAAAAAGAGCAUUUGAGAAGUUGGCUUACUGAUCCUCAAGCCCGUGAUCAAUUUGUACUUUACCGUGGUGAUGAUGUAUCUAUAUUUUGGAACAAAAAGACAGAACCACCUGAAGAGAAUUGGACGGAGACAUAUGUUCAAUGGUCUCCCUUAGGUACUUAUCUCGCAACGUUUCAUCGUCAAGGCAUUGCAUUAUGGGGUGGUCCAAGUUGGAACAAGAUAAUUCGAUUUGUACAUUCAGGUGUUAAACUUAUAGAUUUUUCACCUAAUGAAAAAUAUCUUGUUACGUGGAGUAAUGAACCAAUUACUCUCGGGCCUAAUGGAGGAGCGGGCACGCCUUUUGGUCCUGAGGAUGAGGGACGUCAAAUUAUUAUUUGGGAUGUUCAUGGCGGUAAUCUCCUUCGAUCAUUCCCGUCAUCAACAUUAUCCUCUGACGGGACUCCUAACAAAAUUACAUGGCCAAUGUUUAAGUGGUCGCCAUCUGACAAGUACUUUGCCAGAGUAACACAGGGGCAACAAGGACAACAGGGGCAACAAAUACUUUCGGUAUAUGAAACACCUAGCAUGGGAUUAGUUGGUAAUAAAAGUAUCAAGAUCGAAGGUUUAGUUGAUUUUGAAUGGGCUCCUGCUUCUGAUAAAGAAAAAGAAAAGGAUAAAAAUUCAGGAGAUAAGAAGCAAAGAGAGGAAUUACUUAGUUAUUGGACACCAGAAAUAGGAAACCAACCUGCUCGUGUGACCUUAUUAAAUAUUCCAUCGAAAGAUAUUGUACGAACAAGGAAUUUGGUUAACGUUACAGAUUCCAAAAUGCAUUGGCAAUCAAAUGGUGACUUUUUGUGCGUCAAAGUGGACCGCCAUACAAAAACCAAAAAGUCAACUUUCUCUAAUCUUGAAAUCUUUAGAGUUCGUGAAAAAGAUAUCCCCGUUGAAGUUAUUGAAGUGAAAGAUGUAGUAAUUGCUUUCGCCUGGGAGCCCAAGGGUGAACGUUUUGCAAUUAUUACAACAAGUGAUCCCAAUUAUGGUCAACCAACACAAGGCGGCGUAACCUUAAAAACAAGUGUAUCAUUUUAUUAUCUUGAAAAACCAAAACCCGGUAAAGGUGAUUCAGUUGGGACCGCUAAUUUCAAACCAAUAAAAACUCUUGAAAAAAAAACAUCAAACGCCAUUUAUUGGUCGCCCCAAGGCCGACAUGUGAUCUUAGCUACUUUGCGUUCUGCUACAACUUUUGACUUAGAAUUUUGGGAUCUAGAUUUUGAAACGACUCUUGAACAGAAGGAAUUUGCAAAGGCCGAUCCCGCUGCAAAUUUACAACUAAUGAGCACGCAAGAACAUUAUGGCGUCACUGACGUUGAAUGGGAUCCUACAGGUCGUUACGUUAUUACCAGCUCUAGCUUCUGGAGACAUAGUAUAGAAAAUGGGUAUAUCUUAUGGGAUUUUAAGGGUACACAAUUACAAAAACAUUUGAUGGAUAAAUUCAAACAAUUGUUAUGGCGACCUCGACCAAAGAGUUUAUUAACAAUUGAACAAAAGAAAACAAUAAGAAAAAAUCUACGUGAGUAUUCUAAGACAUUUGACGAAGAGGAUUACUUAGAAAAUUCAACGGUGUCUAAAGAGCAAAUCGCUCAUCGACGUCGCCUGAUGGAUGAAUGGAAUGCAUGGCGUAGAAGGGUAGAAAAGGAGUUGUUAGAAGAAAGGGAAAAUUCUGGUAUUGUUUCACCUUCCAAGCAAGAUGACGAUACUAUAGAGGUUAUUGAAGAAUGGAUUGAAGAAGUAGUGGAAGAGACUGAAGAGAUCAUUGAUGAUUAA